AUGGCGACUCGACUUACGGACAUUUGCCCGGCGGCGAAAAAGGAGAUGAAGCCCAGCCCGCAAACUCUCUUAUGCCAACUCUCUUAUGCCGAGCUGUGCAACGCAUCGACGCGGGCAAUUCAGUUCAGGUCCUAUCGAGAGCAGCAUCUGAAGAACGGAGACGGGGAAGCAAGCAGCGUAUCGACGGCGUCCCAGAGCCAGAGCCAGGGGAAGCGGAGGGAACCUAUGGAACCUCUGGAACUUAUCCCAAGCCGAAGCCUAAGCCUCUUGUUCCCUCCCCAUGGUAUGCUUCUUUUUCCAACGACUGCUGCAACUGCAAGGGAGCGUGCUACCCUCCUUGUCAUAGGUGUGGUGGAUGUGUGUGGAUUGGUGUGGUUGUACACGCUACCCGAUCGAUCCAUGAUCCAUGAGCCGUGUGAGUGA